CAACAGCAUGCGCGAGCCUGCCCCCGCGUCGCUGCGCACGCCUGCCCUUCCCCGGCCAGGCCUCGCCCCCACCACUGACACUGUGGGCACAACCCACCAGUGGAGCCGGUGGGUCGCGCUGAAGGAGACCAGGCGGGAGACUCGGGCCCUGCGACAACGGCCGGAGACGGUACUCAUUGCCCUGCAGACCCUCGCGCGCGACGGUUACCUCCUCCCUGUGUGGGCGGCGGGGACUGCGGUGGGCGGAGCCUCUCCGCGGCUGCGCAGUGCGCGCAAGCCCCCACCCCGAAGACGCUCUCAGCUACGCCGUGCGGCUGGGCUCCCUCUGCCGGCCUGGAGGAUGUAACAGGAGUCCCUGACGAGUGGGAUCUCUGGAUAGUCAGAUCUCAGGGAACAGAUGCACCAAGCUCAAAUUAAGACACCCCCCUCCCCAUGCCCCCCUUACAUGACAGACCAGGAAUAGAGAUGGCUGCUGAAACAGUAGAAGACAAUUGCAUCAACUUUGUGGAAAUGAAAUUUAUUGACAACACACUUUACUUUGUAGCCGAAGAUGAUGAAAACCUGGAAUCAGAUUUCUUUGGCAAGCUUGAACCUAGAUUGUCAGUCAUACGAAAUAUAAACAACCAAGUUCUCUUCAUUUCCCGGGAAGGCCAACCUCUGUUUGAAGAUAUGACUGAUGCUGAGAGCGCUGGUAAUGCACCCCGGACUGAAAUUAUCAUGUAUAUGUAUAAAGACAGCAUCCCUAGAGGCCUGGCAGUAUCCAUCUCUGUGAAGUGUAAUAAAAUGUAUACUCUGUCCUGUAAGAACAAAAUUAUUUCCUUUAAGGAAAUGAUUCCUCCUGAUUAUAUCAAAGAUGAAGUAAAUGACAUCAUAUUCUUUAUGAGAAGUGUUCCAGGACAUCGCAAUAAGAUAAAAUUUGAGUCUUCAUUGUACAAAGGGCACUUUCUAGCUUGUACAAAGGAGAAUGAUCUUUUCAAACUCAUUUUGAAAGAGAACGAUGAAUAUGGAGAUGAAUCUGUAAUAUUCACUGUUCAAAACAAGAACUAGAUAUUAAAAUUGUAUAGCUUGAACUUCCUGAGUUUUGUGGAGAGUUUGAACCUAUAAUUGUAGGGAUGAAAUAAAAUGUACAAUCAUCUCAAAAGAUACUACUAAGAAAUGAAUGAUAAGCUUUCAAAAAAUUGAAUUGACUCCCCCUUAUCCACAUGAAUAAAAUAUUUGCAUAAUGUAAAAAAAGUGCAUAGUUUGAAAACACAUUCUACAUUGUUGAUUGGAACAUAGAUCAUACUCAAUAGAAGUGUUUUGAAUAU